AAGCACUAAGACAGGGCAUUAGUAUGUUAAAGGUGAUUUUGAUGUUAAUUUGGCAGUAAUUUGGAAGGUUAGGUGAGAGUAGGACAAUGUUGAUAUGGUUUGCAUUAAGGUUUACACAAAGCACCACACUUUAAACAUACAGGUAUACACAUGGGACACAACCCCGGUAGCAAAUGUUUUAUCUAGACUGAUGGAUAAGCUAGGAGUGUACAAUGAGCGAAGUGAGGGGCCUAUGGGGGAUGACUUCUUGCAGAUACAUAUGGUGAAAGAAUGCCCACAACAAAAUGAUAGUGACAGUUGUGGGAUGUUUGUGAUGAAGAUGACCGAGUAUCUAUUGAUGAGCAAGGAUGUGGAGUACGUGAGGCCUGAAGAUAUUAAUUCUUACCGCAUCAAGAUGACGACAGAGCUACUAGCUCAUUUUGGUGUAACAGGAGCGUAACCUUAAGAAAUUAAUGCCUUUGUUUUUUUUUUUAAUUUUGAGAUUUGGGUAUUAAGAGUUACGACAAGUGGAGAUAAUACAUUGCAGUAUAGAUUGGAUUCUGAAUGUUGGUUUUUUGAGAAAAUUUAUGUUUUACGUUGAUUUUUUUAUUUUAUUGUUUUGGUAUGUGUUGUAGUAGA